UUUUGAAUGAUGGAAAAUAGUGCAGUUAGUAAACUAAGAGAAAAAUGGCGGCGGAUCGCCACAAAGAUUUGGGAUGUUUAAACGACGAAAAAGAUCUCGAAGAAGGCGAAAUUGAUGAUUUAGAAGAAGGAGAAAUAGACGACGAUUUUGAAGGCACUUCUGAGUACAGUUUCAGCGCGAAAGAAGAAAAAAUAGGCAGCGAAAUUGCUCACCAAACAGAACACAACAAUAGUCAUCCAAAAUCACAAUGCUUCAGUCACAAGCAACGGAAUUCAAAUCGAAGCACAAAAUACACACGAGAUAAGGAUGGGAAAAGAGAAGAUACUCAUUCUACUUGGAAUUAUGAGAAAGUUGGUAGAAAUCGGGCCGUUUCUAAGCAAAAUUUCGCUGGCAAACGAUCGCAUGAAAAUGUAUUGCGUGCUGAAAGGUAUAGGUUACGAGGUGAAGCAGGGUGGUAUGAUAAACAAAGUUUUGACUCGUAUCGGAACGCUCGUCCAGCUUUAUCUCCUGAGCCUAACGAAGAUUUCAAUGAACCAAUGAAUGACGAGAACGAGAAUGAAGAUUUCAAAGUUCUGCUGGAGGAAUACAAACAUAUUCAGGAAAAAUUAGACGAACUCGGCCCGGGGCCUAAGCACGGCCGCUCGUUAGUUGACGAUAUAAUUGAUGAUACGUUUGUUGAUGUACCUUUAGACGAUGUUAGAACUACCAGUAAACCAUCCGACAAUUUAGAUGCUGAGAUACGAGAACUUGAACUUGAACUGACCUGGCAGGCUAAUACCCAAACCACUUCAGAAAACACGACCCAAUUCGACAACGCGAGUUACCCUCAGGUCAUUUCCACGUUGUCUCAAAACAUACCGACCACUUAUGGUGGCCCUUCUACUGAGCAGCCGUAUUCGGGAGUUUUUGAACCGUUUAAGAUUCAAUCCGCUCCAAAGAAAGUAAGAAGUUUAAGCGAGCUUAACCGGAUAGACAUGGCCACGAGGGGUUUACCUGUCGAAAAUGAUGUUCCCGCAAAGGUGACAACAAAUGCUCGCAGUAAGGCAAAGGGGAGAAGCAAAGGUAAACGACGGCCUAGCAAGGGUUUGAGGCAACGUGUGAGGCGCGAUAGAUCGAGUGAUCGUUCUGGUAGUAAGGUUUCGUCAAGUGAUAUCUAUGAUGAGUUGGGGGUUGGAAUUAAGAAAAGUCAAGGAGGAGGAAAUAAUGGCUCAAUUAUGAUAAGAAAACAGAAACUGAAAGAGUGGCAUCGACUUCAAAGGAAAGGAAAUGACAUGGAGAAACUCCAAGAUGACUAUAUACCAGCGCCCAUGGAUGUUGAAACUGUCGAUUCCGCUGAAAGUGUUGGUAUCAUUGAUGAACAAUAUCCACGUUUACCCUUAAUUGAUCUCCCACAACCCCCACCUCCUGGGGAAGAAAUGGACGCACCUUCCACGUCAAAUAUAAUGCCAUUAAUGGAUGUUAAGCCUUAUGGAUAUUAUCAUGAUUAUGGCAGUCCAUGGUGGGGAGGUCCAGAGUUGCCUUUUGUUUCCCAGCCAUACUUUGUGGAACAGUCAACCACUUUGGACGAUCAAGGUUCAGAUUUGCCAUUACCACACGAAGAAGCCAAAAUACAAGUGCCUCAAAACCAUAACGCAGUCGACAUUCGGACUAGUGAACAAAACUCUCCAGAUAAUAACGAAGCUGACACUGAUGUCGAAGACGAAGCAAGCGAAUUAGCUUUGCGAGAACAAUUGUUAAAGUCUAUGGUCAGUAAACGUGCUGCGAAAAGUACUGGCAAGGCGAGCGAGAAGAGUGUUACGUCAUCUGUAGCGUCGCCUAGCAACAGUCGUGCUGCGUCGCCAUUCCCGGGUUCUGAUGCUAGGAGGGAAAUACAGGAGCCCCCAAAAAGUGAUACGGUACAAAGGCCUAGUGCAAUGCCGGUGAAGGUUAAUUUUGCGCCGCCGAAGCACGGGCCAGUUGUUAUUCAUCUUGGCGCAGACUCCGAAGACAGUGAGUCGGGUGGCGAGAGCCCGAUUAAAAAUUCUAGUAUAUUUUUUGGUGGCUUAGACUCGUUUCUCAAAGAGGCAAGGGAACGCUCUUCAAAUUCAAAGCCAGAUGCAAAAGCUCAAAUGGUCGGAGAAAACAAGAAUGUGGUUAAACCGCCAACGCCGACUACUCCCGAAGUUGUUUCGGUCCUUUCCGAGGAAAAACGUAAUGAGUAUAAGAAGCUGAAAUUACAGUUGGCACUUAAGGAACAACAACAGAAGGUUCUGGGUGUAAAUAGAAAAGGCAACACGACAGAGGAAGCAGAUGUGAAGAAGAGUGAGCCUGUGGCGGCUAAUCCAGAACGGAAGCACAUCGCAAAACCGAAAGUGCAAAAAGAUAAACAAAAAGCGGUUGUUCAACUGCAACAAAGGCUUCUUGGAUUGGAAGCACAAACCCGACAUCAGCAGGAACAACGAAAACUACAGAAGCCGCAACAGCAGCGGGAGACUCGGGCAAAGGAACAGCAAAGACACCCAAAACAACAAACUCAAAUGAUAGAAGAAGAACAAGUUGUUUCGAACAAAUCCAAACAGGAUCAGGACGCCGCUGAAAGUGUUAAGGUCAGAUUAAAAAUGCUUCGUGAGAUGCUGCUAGGGCACAAAAGACUGAUAGGGGAAGAUCAAAAAUUGCUCGGAGGUUGUACGGAUCAGUUAAAGAGCAGUUCGAAGGCGUUGGAGGAAUAUGAUAAUAGAAUUGCGUUGCUACAGCAGCAACUGCAGCGGACUGAACGAUUGAAGAAAGUUCAACAGGAACUGGUGAAUAAGUUAAAAAUACAGAAAACCAAAAUAAAUCAGCAGAUAUCAAAGCGUCAGUCAGACGCUCGUGGUGUCGAAGAACGCUUGCUUCGCAUGCGAGCGCUUUUGGUAUCACAAAAAUCCAAAGCAAUCAUCCCCACUAAAAAAAGUGAAAAGUCUGUAUCCGAAAUUAAACCUGCGGCAUCUUAUCCCGGACACCAAACUCCCGCCGUUGCUUCCACGGGGGAAAAGCCAUUGGCGGAAGUAAAGCCUACGGUAUUCAAUCACGGACAUGAUUCUCAAGAUCAUGGGGUCACGGCUUCACAGUCGACUAGUAAAAAUUUAACUAAUUAUCAAGAAGUGUCCCGCAUUUUAGAAGAAUCUUUGUCACCUAAAACCCAAGAGGUGAGAAACAUCCCGUCCCCUAAAAACGACUUCUCGGAUAAAGAUCCAAAUAACUCGUCAGAAUCAAAUAGGCAAACAUCUUCACAGACUGACCAAACAAUGGAGAUGAAACGACUUCGCAUAUUAGAGCAAAAAUUAGCUCAAAAACUUCGCCAGUCCAACGCUCGUAGACAAAUCGAAAAGGAGACGAGAACUCCUCGCGACCAGGAUACGGGGAAAUCAGGAUCACCGAGGAAAACGACUUUGACGGAAGGAGACGGAAGACCGAGCUCCGAUAGUGAGCUUACUUUAAAGAACAAUAGUAAUUUACGAGAACUGACUCCCCCCGUUGAGUUGGCGGGUGCCAGUGGUGAAGAUGAAGUGGAUGGAGUUGUGACAAACCAUUCGGUGUGGGAUGUUUUUAAAGAUGUUAACAAGUUGAAUAAGGUUAAACAAAUUCAGGUUGAACGAGAGACAAAUGGGCCAAAUUUUUCAAAUGCGAGCGAUACCCUGGCAUUACCAGUGCGGUUUUCUUCUACACAAUGUGCUUGGCUUAAAAUUGAUGGAACAAGCUUUUCGCAAACCUUAGUCAAGCUAUCUGGUUGUUUAUCUCCUGCGGUGAAUAAACCUUUGAUAACGAAAGCUGAAGUUGUUCAGAAAACACAAUGGAAAAAUCGCGCAACGGGACGGUAUAAGAGUCCAUUGGUUUAUUUCAGAUCAUACAGAUUCAGCCCGUAUUAUCGUACUAAAAAAGGUUACACACUGGAUUCAUCUACUUUCACCCACCUUAUAAACCCUCGCGUUUCCUUUUGCCCAUUCGCGCUCCAAGGUAUAUGCAGUGAUCCCGAGUGUACCCACCAACAUCCGGAUGAUGUCAUACCAAAAAACAGACAAAUCCUCGAGGACCUUGCAGCAUACUUUGCGCCUGCAGGCGAGAAUGCCCGCGGCAGUGAUCAGACCACCAAGGCUAUAGCAGGCACAAUAGAUGCAGUUACCAAGCAAUAUGGCGACAAGGUCUCGCCUGCUGAACUAAGGGUAUUGUUUGUUAAUCAUUUAAGAAAACAAAAGUCCGCGAGCAUUUUUAAUAUAAUCCUGGAGCGAAGGCCAUGGGAACCAAUUAGCCAUGCGAAGAAAGAGCCUAUUGCAAAGGCACAGAAUGAUUCUCCGAUCGUACAAACGGAAAACACGUUCAGCUGGAAGAGUUGGCGGAGGAAGAUUCAAAAUGAGAUUAAGACAUGGUCAGGAGAUAGGGACGAGUGCCAAGAAAUUCGAUACUUCUCUGAGAACUACGACAGCAUCAAAACCUUGGAAAAAGCGACAGAAGAAAAUCCUUGUAAUGAGAGCUUAUGGAUCCGUCUAGCCAUGGUACACAUGGGAUCAAAUAGAACCGAAGGAGAUAGAAAUAAUAACAACAGAAAGAAUUUAGACAGAGCUCUCAACACUCUUGUGAAAGCUCUCGAGUAUAAUCGACAUUCUGAGAGACUGUGGCUAAAAUACUUGGACGUGUUUCGACAGCGAGCCGGUACAGACGAGUUAUAUGAAGUUUGUGAAGAAGCUGUCGAGCUCGCGGGCUCCUACAACGUUUGGUGGGCCUAUUUGGAAAUUGCCAUGGAGUACGACCGCAAAGUCACCGUUUGUUUAAAAUGUAUAGAAUACCUGAUACUCUCAGAGACUGAAGUCAACCUGAAAUCUCACCGGUUACUGGAGAUUUUCCUGUAUUUGGUACAAUUAGAUUUGCACGGUGACUUUUAUGAGGUUGCAAUGAAACGAUUCCAAGUCGUGCUGAAUUUCGAGGAUGUCCCACGAGACACGUGCGGAAUUCUCGUAUCCGUCGCGGGAGGCCUCACUGGCGAAGACUUGAGUCUGUUAUGGUUGUGUUAUAUUCAUCUCGUGGAAUUUUCGUGUAUCCCGCGCGAGUUUUAUGAUCCCGCACGAACCGGUCCAGCAAGAAUUGUGUGUAAAGAUGGCGUCAUUUUUCCAUGGAAACCAGGUGCUGGCACACGUCAUGGGUUUUCAGAACUGCUGAAACUUUUUCAUAGUGCCCUCAAAGAAUGCGGCGUCGUGUCUUGUUCCUCAGACAAGGUAACGCCGGUGUUCUUAUUGUUCAAGAAUCUAAUUUCGUUAGAGCGAGCUUCUGGGAAAAACCCGUCGUCGAUACGUACCUGUCAGCGGUUAUUAAAAGCCUACCCGAAAAAGAUCGAAUUAUGGUCCUGUUUGUCGGCGUUACAACAGGUCAGCGAUAAUGAGGGUGGUGCAGCGAAUGUUUAUAAGAAGGCUGUGGAGACCUGUGAUGGACAUGCGCAGAUUGUUUAUCAUGCUGCGAAAUAUUUCAUGGAAACAAAAAAUCGAAAGGAAUGCUACGAGGUCUUGGAAACGUGCGUCUACAGUAAAUUUAUUCUUGAGAUUCCGAGCCCAGGACCAAACACCAGAGCCAGAUCACAUGAGAAACCUACGAUUCUCAGGCCAAACCCUGAAUUACUUUUCAAAAAGCUAUUGUCGCAGACUAUACCACUGGACUCUGUUGUACCAUCUGCAAAAACUGGAACGCGUUCAGAUAAUUUUGACUCUGAGAAAACGUAUAUUUGGCUUUGCUACUGCAUUUUUAUUGAAUUGUUUUCCAAAGAAGAGGCGCGAGAGCGGCACUCGCUCACACAGGCAGCCUAUCAGAGCGCUAUAUACAGUACAGGUGAUAGAAAUGAAGUUAAGACCAUGUGGGUAGAAUACCUCUACUACAUGGCUCGCAUGCUCGUGGAGAAGUUGUGUACAUCAGAAGAACUUCACGAUGUGUUCCAUAAAUGCCUGUCGACCGUGCCUGCUGUCACUCCAGUGAACUAUAUGUCAUCCAAAUCUUGGUCUGAUUACAGUUUUCAUAAUAAGGUUCUUGCCUUAUACCGAUGCUGUUUGGGGGACGCAUUUUCAUCGUCUGUUUACCAAAAAUAUCUCGAAAUGUUUCCUGAUAACACACAACUGGCUAUACAAGCCGUAGAAAGUUUGUAUAAAAACAAAGAGCUGGAUAAGUCGAGAAAGAUUCUGUCGGCCAUUUUGUUGAAGACUCCAUACUGUUUGGAAUUGUGGAAAAUAGCGAUUUCCAUUGAACUUAAAGAACGAAAUAUCGAUCAGGCACGACAAUUGUAUGAACAUGCGACGGAGGCUUUACCUUUAUCAGCGUCCAUUUGGAAAGAUUUUGCAAUGUUCGAACUUACCCAUGGCUCAAGCGACAUGGAGGGACUAAAGUCGAUCGCUUGCAAAGCGAGAGAACGAGGAAUUAACCUCGACGAAUAUCUCAAAGAAUUAUCCUCAAAAAACAGAUGAAUGCAUGUAUAUAUCAUGCGGUUGGAAUGCAGAAGUCGAGUAGAUGAAUCGAAAUAAACGAGUGCUUCUUGAGAAGGAUGAAGAAUAAUAAGCGAGUGUGCUUCCAAUAAGAAUUAAUGAAGAAUAAUGAGCAAGUGCUUCCUAUAAGAACGAUGAAAAAUAAUGAGCGAGUGCUUCCAAAGAAGGAUGAAAUAUUUUUCGGAUAAUGGUCAAAGCAGAGAAGCACUAGAAUUUAUUUAUAAGAAUUUGUUUUGAAAUUUCCGAGAAUACUGGACGUCAAUACAAGACAUUCUUGGUUAAAUGUGGUAAGUAAUCCCUUUACUUUUCCCAACCAACGGUGAUUGCCUGGGAAAGUUUCAAAAAAUUUUCCAAAUUUUUGGUGUUCUACCAUAAACCUUUCAAUAAGUAAACUUUUCAAUAAUUUUGUCCCAAGGACAAGGCAGCAUAUUUUUCAGGACUUUCUGUAGUAUAUAGGCUUCUGGAUUUUGUAUUAGAUUGCACAUGUAACUGUGACACUUAAAAACUUGAAAACUUAAAAACAAUUUUGUUGGCGGGAACAUAUUAAUUAUAAAAGAAAAUUUAUCUAUAAAAUAUAUUUUCAUCAUAUUUUUGAGUACGGACAUUUUUAAACGAAUUUGUAAUAAAUCAUGUGUAAAUUUGAGAUUUCUUUUAUAUUGGGGCUAAGCGGUCGUCAAAUCAAUCGUCAGAUGAACUCUUUGUUUGAAUUUUUUAUUUUGGCUAUAACUAAUGAUUUAUAUACAUUUAUUGCUAUAAUCUAGAUUGUUGAUUAAUAAUGAAGUGUGCAGGCGUAGUCAAACAUUCGCUUAAUCAUUAUCGCUUAUAUAGUAAAUUAAUUCUGGAAUUAAUGUAUAAUACAGUCCCCGAUAAGUAGUUAACCCCAUUGAUCACAACUUGUAUCGAGUCUGUUUGAUUCCGCGUUAUUUGUAAAGAGUUCUUGUUAUGCCGGGGAACAUUAAACCCAUAACGGUUGAUUUAGGUAUAUAAUUCUACAUAGGCAAGUUCAUUGUAGUAUCUAGAGAUGAAAGGUCUAUCUGGAAGAAGUUAGUUUAGGCAUCCCCUUUUCCGGCUAACCAAUCCUUUCCAGCAAAACAGUGAUCCAAAAGGAUACAAUCUUACCGGAUUGAGCCAUUCACCAACUGUUAACGUGGAAAAAUGUAUUAUACGUGAAAACAAAUACAUUGUCCUUGAUACAACCGAAACUGUUGUGAAAUGUCAACUGAUUUUCACACACAAAAAAAACAAACAGUGAUGUUCAAAGAUGUGGAUGCAAACUGUGGAUGUAAAAGCUUAAAGAUUGCCGGGAACUGAAGAUGGGACAACCCAAACAUUGCCAUUAUUGAGCUCAAAAAAGUGGACUUUAAAGCUAAACGCUAUUUCUCGACGAAUGCAUUAUAAUUAUAGAACUUUGUGAAGACUUUUUGAUAUGUUUAAUAAA